GCGAUCUAUUGUGUUCACGAAAGUGUGUCAAAGUCAACAACAUAAGUUACUGCUUGAAACAAGAUGCCUUUAAAAUUCAUCGUCUGUGAUUUGUGAUCGGCACUUUGGCUGACAAUAAAGUUGUUUUUCUAUUGACACAUCAUGGUGAUCUCGUUAUUGUUGGCAGCGUUUUUGGCUACAGUUUUAUCGCUAGUUGGCUCCACGGAACUGGGCUCUCUGCGUCACAACGACUUUUUGGAAUCAAUGACUACUGUGCAACAUUACGCCCCUUUAGUGGAUGGAUGGUCCAGUAGUUCCACUCCAAGAGCAUCAUAUGUUCCAAAGCGAAAACAUAUUUGGAGACUUCUGAACGACGAGAAAGACACAGGUGAACGAAGGCAACUAAUUGUUGGGGGUGGAUUUGAUGGUAACGAAGUCUUGGAAGAUAUUGAGCCGUUGUCCCAAGGUCAUGAAUUCUGGAAAAAAUCAUUCCCAGAACCGCUGGCUUUCCCCUUUUUUACUUACUUGGGGGAAAAGAUUGUUGCUUGUGGAACACCAAAAUCUGAAUGGAAUGAGCUUCAAUUGAUCAAUGGAUCGGCACAAUACAUGACGAGUUGUUGGCACAAACGGAAAGAUCUUGACGGACCUUGGCACACUUUGAAUACCUUUCCUUUGGCCUUGGUGGGUUCAGCACAUGUUACUUACCAAAACUCAAUUUGGUACACUUUUGGAGGGUUCGAACUUUCUUCAAAAGAAUUUUCAAAUCAAGUACUUGCUCUUCAUGAGGAUUCGAAGGAUUGGCAAGUGAUCGGGCAUUUGCCCAACGGAUUAGUGGGAGCAUGUGCAGUAAUCCAAAACCAAACUGUGUUCCUCUCCGGUGGCCACACUUACGACAGGGUGUUCCAAAACAUUUGGAAAUUUGACGUGAGGAGCCCAGAAUGGAAAGAAGUCGGGGCUAUGCAAGUCCCAAGAGCCCACCAUGCUUGCGUUACAACUGAAAUUGCGGGAAACCAAGUGGUCAUUUCAGCUGGAGGGUUUCACUUGGGUCCCAGAGACAUGUUCCAAGUUUUAAACUCCGUGGAAGUGUUCUAUCCCAACGGACAAGUUAAAGACUUGGCCAACAUUCCAAGUUUGACCACGCCCAGGCUUGGAUUUAGAUUAUUCAUGCCUGAUGAAGGCAAAUUAAUGGCAGUUGGAGGACUCAACCAAUUUGGAACUCUGGGAACAUGUGAAGUUUUAAAGAUUCAUGAUGAUUCUGCAAACUGGGAACUAACACAAAAUGGAUGUUUGAGGCGUCCACGUGCCUUUUUUGCUAGCAUGGAAUCGACUGAAUUGACAAAACACAAGCGAAGCAUUGAGAAGCCACUGGCACACUCGAAUUAUCUCGGUUCCAAUGCCUACCCCCACGACAUGGAUAACUUUUAUUCCUCGGAGGAUGAAGAGGAUUAUUUACCAAGGGAACCGAGGGACAAAACGAUCCCUACUCUGGCUAAUUUUAACAGAGGUUUCAGGCCUGUCCAAUCUAAGCCUGAUGUCGUACCCAAAGUCAUAUUGCUGGGAGGGUUAAAUGUUAAGCAGUUAGCCAAUAUGGAUAGUAUGAGCAAGGUCAAUGAACAAGGCAUUUUUACUGCAAAUGAGCACUUACCGGAAAAGUCGAGAAUGUUGAUAGCUGGUCAUUUAUCGGGGUACCUGGUUGUUUGUGGUGGUACCAGCUCUCCUUACUCACAUGAGGCUAAAUUGGGAGACCUCAAGGUCAGCUCGGAUUGUUUCCAAAAGUCCACAGAAGGUUCGGCAAGAUCGGCUUGGGAAAAGUUUGGACCAUUGCCGAUCCCCGUUUUAGCUGCGUCCACGGCUGUCGCCAAUAACACUCUUUACAUCAUAGGAGGAUACGAACGAGUGGGCGAAGACAAGGAAGUGUUCCACCAAACUGCCAUGACCUUGACGCUUGACGGUCAUGGUGCUCCAACUUUUGUACCCAACGUUAAGUUUCUCAAAAUGCACAGAGCAGGUGCAGCUUCCUUAGUGUACGAGGAGCGAUAUGUCCUCACGAUUGCUGGACAUAAUGCCACGGGCUAUCACAACUGUCUGGAAAUUUACGACACCAAGAAACACGAGCGGUUUUACAAGGGAAUAUGGAAAUUGAACUUUCCCCGGGCUUAUCACGCAUGUGCUGUUGUAAAGUCCUUCCAAACCGCGGCUUUGGGGGUGACCGAUGCCAUUUUAUGUGCUGGGGGGAUUGCCAGUGGACUGGGCUCCAGUAGUCUAGACUUGGUGGAUUCCAUCGAGUAUUGGCAUUUUGGGAAGUUUAUUGAAGACAAGAAAAAGCACAAAUGGCAUGUCAUGGAUCAGAAGCUCAACAAGCCGCGUUUUGCUUUGGCCCUGGUUAGAAUCAAUUGGAACCAGACCGCUGUAGUUGGAGGGACAAACUUUGAAGACACUGAAUUACCCGGGGAAAUCGUGGACAACUCGAAUGUUAAAUCUGAAAUCAAAGAAGCCUCCAAGCUGAGCUCAAGUUUUGCCUUUACGGCGUCAGUUCUCUUUCCAAAUGGACCAAACAGUCUCACUUUCAAACAAUCACCAAUAACAUUAGAACUUUCUCCAUCCUCAUCAACAGCAUCAACAACUUUAAGAAAAGACAACCCGUCUACUACAAUACGACCAUCUGACAAUGUUCUAAAUGAUGACGUCGUUAUCUUAAGUGAGGCAAACCCAGAUGUGGACACAAUCAUGGACAAUGAGAUCGUGGACAAUGGAAUUCUGCUCAUCAACAGUGAGCCAAGAACUCACGGGACAAGAAGUGAUUAUCUGGUGCCUGGUCGUUAUACGAUUCCUCGCAUUCUGAUUGACCUUCCACGCACCAGAAUGAUGGCUAUGGGAGGCUUCUUUGAAAGCUCCAAUCUGAUUGUCUUAUGCGGGGGAUACAGUUCCAACAUGAUUCCGAAGACAUUUUCCAACGAUGGGACCGCUUCAACAGAGGGAUUAGAACAAGGUUGCUUUGCUUACUCAUUGGACCUCAAAUCUUGGCACAAAAUCCCAGCGAUGAAAACACCUUUGGCAGAAUGUGCGUUCGUGAUGCAAAAACAUAUGCUGUUCAUGUUUGGUGGGAUUCAACCGAAGGAGGAUUCAAAUGCGAUUGAAGAAUAUUGUGAAAGCCAGACCUCGACCUGGUUUUCACGAAACAUUCGCACUUUGAGCGUCAACUUUGAAUCAAAAACCAGCGAAUUGCGAUGCUCGGAAAUCAAAUUGCCUUUAGAAGCAGCUGGUGGAUGUGCUGUGGCCUUAGAGGAUGAUGUCUUCAUCUUGGGAGGCCGGAAUUCGUGGAGGAUUCACAGAACCGUCUAUAAAUUGACAACCCAAGGCAACAACAGCGAUUCGCAUCUAUCGAAACUACCAAUAAUGAAUGAAGGACGCUCGUCCUUGGGAUGUUCUCUAGUGAUUGCAGAAGGGUCCAAGAUGCUUUUUGCAGGCGGUGGAUACUCACUAAGCCUGUUAUCCAAAAAUGGGUUAAAGUCGAUUGAAAUGCUUAAUAUUGGUCAUAGCUCAUCAUCAUGGAUCACUGUUGGACAAAUGAAACAACCCAGAUUUGGGUUCACCAUGGAGAACAAAUUACACUUGAAUACCAUCCUCAUGGUGGGUGGGUUGAGCUCAAAUGGCCUCGUUGAACAAAUGGAAGGGUUCGAGUUCAACGAGAGGAAAUCCAGUCCAGUUUGUGGCUGUCCCUUAUCAAUGGCCUACCCGCUCAAUCUGCUCAUUCCGUUAAAGGCCCUGAACCCACUUGCGACAUCUGUGUCAUCCAAAACUGAAUGUGAAGCCUCAUGCCGCCAUAGGAAUGAGCUCAAACAUGACGAAUGGAGCGUAAUAAAAAGCUGAUUAUCA